GUCUUUCAGAAUGGAUGAGAAAGCUCCACUCCUCCGGCCGUUAGUACGGAGAAAUAACGGCAGCCCCCGCGGGCCAGAGAUAUUCCUAUCUCUCCUGGUGGUAGCAGGCCUGGUCUUCCUUGGUUUCACAGUCCAUGACUCUGCAGGCCCGGGACAGAAAAUAUACAAUGUGGAAUCAUCCCAAGCUGCUGGUGCUGCUGAGUUCUCAUGGGCCAGCAUCCAGCCCAGCCGAACCCUCGAGUGGCAUGCAUGUUUCGAUAGCGGAUACGACUGCGCACGUCUGGACCUGCCCAGGGACUGGCUCGAGCCUAACGAUGAGGACCGCGUAGUCCUCGCCAUCGCUCGGCUCCGGGCCAAUGAUACAAACGACUACAGAGGCCCCGUCUUCUUCAACCCGGGCGGCCCUGGCGGUUCGGGCAUAUGGGCCCUGCGCGACCACGGCAAGCAGCUCCAGACCAUCGUGGGCACCAACCACGACAUCAUCACCUUUGACCCGCGCGGUGUGGGUGCCUCUGUGCCCAGGAUCGAAUGCUGGGACACGGUCGAGAAGCGCCACGACUGGGCCCUGCAGGAGACGCCCGUGAUCGACUCGCACGAUGGCGUCCUGUACGAUGUGUGGGCUAGGGCGUCGGCUUUUUCCAUGGCCUGCGAGCAGUCCCACAAGGACACUGGCCUGCUGGAACACAUCGGCACAGCGUCUCAUGCCCGAGACAUGCUGGAGAUCCUCCACCAGGUCGGCGAGGACAAGCUGCAGUACUGGGGGUUCAGCUACGGGACCAUCCUCGGCGGGACAUUCGCCGCCCUGUAUCCUGAAAAAGUAGGACGGCUCGUCAGCGACGGCAACGUGGACUAUGAGGAGUGGUUCAAUAGCGCACACGUCAACGCCGUCCGUGAUGCAGACGCAGUCAUGGACGCCUUUUACGACCUGUGUCACCAGGCUGGGCCCGAGACGUGUGCCUUCUACGCCUCCUCGCCGGCCGAGAUCAAGGAGCGCCACAAGGCCAUCCUCGAGCAGCUCCGUGUCCAGCCCCUCAUCUACAUGCCCCCAGAGCAAGGUCUCGGCUCUGCCCUGCCCGAGGUCGUCACGUACUCCAAGAUCCGCCAGCUGGCCGCCACCUCGCUCUACCGCCCAAACUACUAUUUCCCCCACCUCGCCAAGAUCCUCGCCGGCCUAGACCGCGGCGACGGAGAGCCUUACUUUUCCUUUAUCACCCGCUAUGGCCUGCCCUUCUCUGACGUCUGCUCCGCCGAGUACGUCCCGCCCGAGGUGCCCUUGUCCACCGGCGACGAGGGCAGUGAUGAUGCGUUCCCCACGAUCCUCUGUGCCGAUGGUGAGCCGCUGGGCGAGGACCCGCGCGCCUUUGAGGACCACGUGCGCGAUAUGGCGAAUAUCAGCUGGAGUUCGGGUGUCAUCGUCAUCAAGGACCGUGUCGCCUGCGCUGGGAGGACAGUGCGGCCCAAGUGGAGGUUCAGCGGGCCCUUCAACGCCAAGACGAGCUUUCCUAUCUUGUUUAUUGCGAACAUGGCGGACAACAUCACGCCGCUCAUCAGUGCACGGAAUAACUCGGCUGGCUUUGAGGACUCGGUGGUUUUGAUCCAGAACUCGUAUGGUCACACGAGUUUGGCUGCCCCGUCUUUGUGCACUGCCAAGGCUGUGCGGCAGUACUUCCAGGACGGUAUCCUCCCUCCUGACGGUGCGACUUGCGACCCGGAGAUCCUCCCAUUCGACCUUCCUGGCCACGCGGUAGCGAUGGCCGGGAGUCAUGAUGAUAACGAUGAUGAUCGUGCGCUGGUCGCAGCGUCGCGGGAGUUGUCGCUCAGGGCGGGUUGGGGUCUCGAUAAAGGAGAGAGAAGCGUGGCGUAGAGGAGUUGUUGGGACAGGGGUAGCGACUCGAGUGCUGUUUUUGGGUGCGAUAUUGCCCAAAUCCAUUGUAGAUUCUCGUGUAUCUUCUAUUUCUUGGUGGAUUUCGCGCCAGCCAGUACAUGUUUCGUCCUUGUGGCGAUGUUUGAUACCCACAAGAUCAAUGGUGCAUUCUUUUCUAG